UUGGAGAGAGAUAACAGAAGGAAUAUGCAGUGACUCAUCACAGAGUCCUUGGGGUGUCAGCAAUCCCUGGCUUGACAGGAAGCUCUGGAGUCAUGACCUGCGUCAAGCUUCUUGCUGCUGGGGGGAAUGGGCUUACACAGAUGAACAAAUGGCUCCUUCUGUUAAAUCUUGCAACAGUCGUGGCCUUACCAGGGCCUGGCAAAUUACCUGGCUGGGAGAACCCGAUUGAGGACUCCAUGAGUGAGUCGGCCAUCUCUGAGGUCUUCAUUGGCCAGGCAGCCUUUGUGGGCAUCGUCCCUCUUGCCAUGGACACCGAGGUUUUGAACACGGCCAUUCUCACCGGAAAGCCUGUUUCGGUUCCCGUCAAAGUCGUGGGUGUUCAGGAGGACGGUUCUGUGGUUGACGUGUCUGAGUCUGUGGAAUGCAAGUCUGCUGACGAAGACGUCAUUAAGGUAAACUGUCAUCUACGGCUGUCCUAAGUGUUCACAGGUUUUGUAGCCAUCUCUCUUGUCUCCAAGGUCUUGUUCUGACUGAGCAUCCCAUGCUCUGAAGGGCUGGAGGCCAGAAUGACCUCACGAAGGAGGAGACGGCUGACAGCAGAGAUACCCUGGAAUCAGCAGGUGGCUGCAGCAGGAGGUGCUGCUUUCCAUUCCCUGGAAAGGGGUGUCCCUGACCCUUAAUCUCCAGCAGAAAGAAUUCCCUCCCUCCCUUCCACCUUCCUUCCUUCCCUGGCUCCCUAUAUGCAUGAAAUUCAAUGGCUGUUAAAAAACAUUCAUCCAUGUGACAACUCACCUAAUAUAAGGAUUACCAGUGGGGCACAAUCACAGUUGAGAAAAUUGGGCCAUGAAACAUUUCUGCUGUUUAUUUUUAUUUUAAAAAACUUUUAUUCCAAUUAGCUGGAUUUAUGAUCCUAAAUUCAUGUAGAGACCAGCGCUUUUUCAUUUUAUUUUUCUUUGCAGGUGUCUGAAUAACCCAAUUUAGUAUUUCCUUCUAUUUUUUUUCUAAAGGAGACCUCGUGGAGAAAGAAUUUAAAAUUUUAGAAUCAUCUUUUCUCCUUUAAGUUGCUAAGAGAACCCCCUUAGCAGGUUCAAUCUAUUCAUUCAUUUCGGAUAAAUUCAAUAAUGCUGAGCUAAGUCCUUCAUGCCACUCCGCUGGCUCCUGUUUAGAGGUUCAGGGAAACUUGGUUUCGGUCUUCAGAACUUCUCGGUAGACAGAAAAGCCUGUAGGGUAUUCUCCCGUGGUGGAACAGAUCUGAGAGCAGAUGAUUCGCUCCUGUUUUAGCUCACAGCUUGGUGGGGGCUUCCAGUGAGGCUGUGCCUUGAGCCAGAUCUGGUUUCCAUAAAGAAGCAAUGACGUUUCUGUGAAGUGUAAUUUUUAAAAUAAUAAUGACAAUAACCCUUAGGAAACCCAGAUUUUAUACAAUCUGUUUCCUGAAAGUUAAUUCUCCCUGAGAUAGAAGGGGAACUGUCUUAACAACUGUAUGCAGCCCUGCCCUGGGGCUCUUGGUGGUUCUGGUAAUCCUGGCAGGUUUAAUUAAACAAACCAAAGACCUUAAAUAUUAGGAGUUUUAAAAAGUCUGAGCUAAGUCACAGGCAAUCGUCUGCUCAGGAACAAAAUAAAAUUGAUGACUCAUUUGCCUUGCUUGCCUCUGACGAUACUCAUUAUUUAGAGUUGCCAUAGCAUUGUCACUAAAGGGGCCAAUAAUUUUUAGAAAGACUGUAUUUGCAGGCUGCUAUGGACCAAACAAAUGACUUGCCUCUGCAGGUCCCCUCCAGAGAGCCCGGUGUGGAGCCCCACAGGUAGAGACCUCAAUCUCUUAACCUAGAGACUUCACUCUAAGAGAGGCGAAUCCAAGCUCAUGGAAAGUUGGAUUCCACUGCGCACUGUACUUGAUUGUCCCCACUCUAUAGAAACAUACUGAAAAUACCCUCUCCCCCAUGUGACAGAUAAGUCGCUUUGGAAAUGGUCACAUGUGCUUCAUGGUCACUGUUAUAGCUGCGUGAACAUGGGAUUUCCUUGGCAGAAAACAGAAGCUUGAUCUCCAGGAGAACAUACUGAGUUUGCAAAUCACCAAACUUGGAGGCUAAUGAUUUAUCUGCCAGCAUUGCAGAAUUAACUCAAUCACUGUCCCUUCUUUGAGCCCAAGUAAACUCCCUAACUGCAACUGUCCUCUAAAACCACAGAGGUCUUCAUAUACUGACUGCUGAACGAGAAGAUCUUUGCCUAUUCCUACGUGAAGAACGUUUUUACGUAAACCAGUCCAGCCUCAUAUA